GGGGGGCAGGUUACAGCAUCASGGGGUUUGCCAGAGGCGGAGCCUGGUUCGGGAUGGGGAAGAAAAGCCCCGUGUUGGCCAGGCCUGGUUCAGCUGUGUCCGUGUGGAGCUGCUCGGCGGCGCCGCGGGAGGAGCCGCUCGGGAAAGCAGCAUUCCCGUUUUCCUGCUGCGGAAGUGACGCGCUCCGGGCGCGCCCCGGCAGCGCCGCGCGCGGUUCCCUGUGGCGGGGCGAGAUGGCGGCGCCCGGAGCCCCGGUCACCGUCACCGUCACYUACAGUAAUGAAAAACACAGUAUUCAAGUUGCUUCUCAGCAAGAAGAUGGUGAACCUACACUACAAGACAUGGCUGUACUUAUAGAACAAGUCACUGGAGUUCCAGUUCCUUUUCAGAAACUGAUAUACAAAGGAAAGUCACUGAAAGAAUUGGAACAGCCAUUAUCAGCACUUGGUGUUAAGAAUGGUUGCAAAGUCAUGUUGAUUGGGAAAAGGAAUAGUCCAGAAGAAGAGGCUGAAUUAAAGAAGUUAAAAGAUCUGGAGAAAUCAGUGGAGCAAAUAGCUAAUAAGUUAGAGGAUGUUAAUAAAGAGCUCACAAGUAUCCAGAAGGGAUUUUUAGCAAAGGAUCUCCAAGCAGAAGCACUGAAACAGCUGGACAAGAGGAUAAAAGGAAUUGCAGAGCAGUUCAUGAAAACCCUUGAACAGAUUGAUGCCAUUAAUCUGCCUGAGAAUUUCAGUGAUUGCAAACUGAAGAAGAAGGGAUUGGUGAAGAGGGUUCAGGUUUUUCUUGCCCAGUGUGAUACCAUUGAAGGGAAUAUUGGUCAAGAAAUGGACMAGCUACAGUCAAAGAAUUUGGCACUGGCAGAAUGAGGCAUCRCCUUACAUAAUUAGGAAACAUAAUUGCUCUAUGAGCAAGAAGAAAAGUUUGCUCUUUGUUUUGGAGCACAUAUCCAGCUUCCUUUUUUUUUUUAUUUUUCCCAAAGCCCAGUCUGUUAGACUGGUACCAGUCAAUCAUUUCUUGCUGGUUGUCUUGUUUGCCGCUUGGUUAGAACUAUUAUUUUGAAAAGAAUAUUCUUCCUAAAGAAUGGCAGAAUUAAUCUUUGUGAUAAAUUGUGUAUCUUAWGGAUGAUAAGAUAGUUUAGUUAACUAAGUUAUAAAGUUUCAAUGGUGGGCAAAUUUAUCUGAUACAUCUUUGAAUUUAUUUACAGCUCAAAUCAAAGAAGGUCUAUAAUUGUACAAGUGCCRUAAGUUGCAGUUGUAGGACUUCACCUUGAUUGAAAAAGGCAAACUGAGACAACAUCUGGGAAAGUUCAACAUYCUAGUAGACAGUUCAGAGCAAUAAAAAAACCCAAUGCAUUUGUAUCUACUUAAUGUUUGUAUGCAUUUAUAAAUAUAAGAAAGCUUGACUAUAAGGGAGUCGUACCUAUUUUAGCCUUAAAUUGUCAUAAUAAAUGGAAUGUACUGUAACAUGUAUGGUACUUAAUUUUGAGUGGUGCUUUAAGUUGUUACUGAGCUCCUUGAUAACAGACGUAUGUUUUUUACAUAGAUUUCUGAUGUACUGUGGUUUUUAUAGAUUAUUCGUAUUUUUAUUAUUUGUGUUGUGUCUUGAGUUAUGGUAAGAAAUGGAAUUACUCAUGCUGCUUAAAUACCAAGGGUUCAGUUCAAGCAAGGUAUAACUAAGGAGCUAUUUUGAAAGGGUUUUUUUAUACUUCUUUCUGAUUUUACUGAAUUCAUGAUGCUAUAUUUAAUGGAAAAAUGGAGUGAUUACUUCCAGUAUGUUAAGGCAAUCAAUGAAUUUUURUAACAUGUUGCAAAGAGACACAGCUUUAUUUUAGCAGUGCCAUCUGUGUGAGGGUUAUGACUGUUUCUCRCAGUCACAUAUGUGCGGUGCUUAACCUUGUCUCUUAGGUGAGAAAUGAGCUUUUGCAGGAGACAGUAACUUUGAGUGGGUGCAGCCAACUCKGCAAUCCUUGGUCAGAGGCUCUGACCAGAAUGUGGAGAAUAUCAGCCUGCAGGUAACAUAAAUGUAUAGGAGCUUUUUCACUGAUGCUCCUCGUUGGGAGGUCAGCCAGACACGCUGACAAAGCAGGGACUGGCAAGGAGCCUCUUUCUGUGCAAGAAAUAAAACUCUUUCAUCCCAAAUGAGUCAGGCUAYGAAUGUUUAGAACUGGCCCUUAGGUAGUGAGCCUAUAUCCAUGUUUUAAGGUUAGCUGUCCUUUCAAGAUGAAAAUAGGAAAUGUAUGUAAAAAGAUCUUAACUUCUAAUAAGUUAUAAAGCUUAAAUAGUACCUAAAGUGUUAUUAYUCCAGUAUUGUCUUUGAUAUUUGUAAUUGGAGGAAUAUUUUUUUGGUGAAAAAUGCCAUUGAACAAAUGAAGUGAUAGCCGAGCAUUAGGAAGAGUCAAUUGUAUUCUAAAAAUGCUGGUUGACCAUACCAAGAUUUGAGUUGCCUUGUUUUUUGCUGUUMACCAGUUACUCCAAGCUUAUAUUUUUCCCUUACGGAAUUCUCUUAUCAGAAUCUGUGGAGGAUUUAAUGGUCUAAACUCCUAGGAACUUUAUCUAUCAAGUUAGGAAAUGGUAUGGUAGGACAGUGGAAGUUUUUUCCUAGGCUAACUAGUCCAGUCAUUCYGCAUUUUCCCAGCACUUUAAGGUUAAGAGGAGGAAGCGUUGGUUGUACUAAUUUUUAUGAAGCCCUGCUUAGCCUGUGACUGCUUCUGGACCAGAUUAAGCUGACUCUUAAACUACCAGCAACACUUGUCUAAUUCAGGGAAUGCAAAAUCAACCACUUUCCUGAGAUGGAAAGGAUCCUCACUCUCCCCAGUGUAGGUUCUCCAAUGCCUUGAGCUUUCACAGGUGCAUGUACAAURAGCAAGCAUCCUGCUGUGCCCAUGGAGAGAACUGGGAGCUGCACUCGUGGCUGUGUCCAUUUCUGCUGCUCCUGUGUAGUUCUCUCUCUUGGGUGAAAACACUUAGAGGCAGACAUCGUCUUCCUGCACUCUUUCCCAGAAACCGCUGCUUCCUGAGAUGUGCUUGUGUGAGUACAUCCUCAGCCUGUCUCAGAGCAAUCUGGAUUAACUUUAGGAYGUUCCAUAGCAGAUCUUUUCAUGAUCUGGUACUUUGAGGCAAAGAGAGCAAUGGUGAACCUCUCCCACCAGMACAUCUGUAUUCAGCAGAGGGGGUGUCCUGAGUCAAACUUACCUUGCAGUACUAAGUGGUUCAGUUUCUAGGAUGAAAGUAUGUAUGUGAGGACCAACUUCUGCAGUAUAAAUUUUUUUUGUCUUCCAAAUAUAAAAUUGAGUUGAUUUGUUUUGGAAAGCAGAUGGUUGUAUUUAGAGUCAUCCAAGACAUUCUAGAGUGAAUUGACUUUUAUACUUAGUUUUGGAGAGAGGAAUCCUAAACAAUUUUUUGUCAUAAUAGCCUUAAAUUCAGUAAAAGCGAGUGUCUUGUGCUUUUGAAAAGUGCAGCAGACSACAAUUGUGGGAGGAGGGGGAAGGAAGAGAAGAUUUUAAAUAUUCUUCAGAAUUUGUAAAUAUAAAUAAUCAAGCUUAAGCUAUAGUSUCAUGAUUCUGUAGUGCAGGUGUACUGUGAUACCUGUUUUGCUACUGAAUUAUUUCCUCAGCCCAAACAUCUACCAUGAUCAUGUCGAAAGAGAAGUUACUCCCUUUUGCCUUAGUUGCACUUAUCCCAUYGUCUUCCUCCGGUUGCUGUGUUGCUCUGGCUGUGUUUACAUAUCUUGGACUUGCCGUCCUGGCAAAAUGUACCACAGGGUUUGUCUUUUAUCAGAAUGGAAAUCGAAUUGCACACUCCCUUAGCCCUUUUCUCUCCCAGAUCCCAUGGGCGGGUGUGAGAUGAACCMAACCCGACAUUCAGGGAACUGUGGAGUUUGGAGCCAUGGGAUGGGUUGCUCUCUGGAAACAGCACAAAGUUUUAGUGGCAUCCUCUGUGACCAAGUCCUCUGGAAGGUAAUGUUGCUGURAGCCCGGAGCAACACUUUCUGACUUCUAAUGGACACUCAUGGUUUGGAGUGGACUACUUGACACCGUGGAAGUUGGCACUAGAUUAUUUUUUUGUUAACUUACGUUAUUGUACUACGAUAAAUGAAAAGAUAAAAAUAAAAGAAAGUUCUCUGCUC